CCCUAUAUAAUUUUUUUAUUAUUUUUCUCUCUCUCCACAAUUUUCAUACUCGCGAAUCGAACCACCAAAACACUUCUUCUAUCAAGACUUCCAUCCCUCUCCUUCCAGAACAAUUCUUCUGUCGAGACUUCCAUCCCUCUCCUUCUGAAGAUGGAUUCACAAAAUAGUGCAUACUUCACUACUCUAUUAAGUCGAGGAUCAAGCACCGAUGAUCUCUUACUUACUCAAGAUUAUGGUGACCCUAAUGUCGAUAGUCCUAUCAUGACUCAUGUCACUAUUAACCCUUCCAACACUAGAAAGAGUAAAAGAGGAUCCAAUUUUGCAAUGGAGGAUGAUUUGAUGCUCAUUUCGGUGUACCUAAAUACAAGCUUAGAUGUGGUGCAAGGAAACCAACAAAAACUAGGAGCAUAUUGGGAUAGGAUCGAGAAAUAUUUCAAUGAAUAUAAGCAAGAACAUAACAUCUUCCGCACUAAAGGUUCACUACAGCAUCGGUGGGAUAAAAUACAUGGAGAAGUGAAUAAAUUCUGCGGACAUUAUGCAAAAAUUGAAGGAAGACAACGAAGUGGUGUUACCGAGCAAGACAAGGUAUGGAUAACUUAUAUGGUGCUAUUAUAUUAGUGGUAGGGAAACUAUGUGCAUGUGUAAAAUAUUUAUAUGGUGUAUGACACUGUGUGCAUGUGUAAAACAUUUGUGUGGCAGGUGAAACUGUGUACAUGUUUAAAAUGUUUAAGGGGUAGAGUGUAUAAAAUGUUUAAAUUAAUUAGAAAAUAUUUAUUUAGAAAUAUAUAUAUUAAUCGUAUUUUAAAAUUAAUGUAUAAAUGAAGACAAUAUUAAUAUUAGCCAAAAAUGUGUUACAUUUGUAAUAAUAAUUUAAAGUUGAAGAUAGUUAAAAGUAGUUGAAAGUAAUUAAUUAUGUUGAAAAAUAUUAAAAUAUUUGAGAUGAUGUUGAAAUAGGGGAUGUGGUUGGAGUGGUAUUAAAAUAGGAGUCUCCUAAAAUAGCUUUUUUUUGUUAAAAUGGGGGAAAUUGUGGGCCCAAAAUGAGGAUUUGGGUUGGACAUGCUCUAAGGGCAACUCCAACAAAGGUAUGAAAUGGGUACGCAUAUCCAUAACCGUUGAUAUGCAUACCCAUUUCCAUGAUUUUGUGAAGCCAAGAGAGGCUAUAAACGGGGUUGCAAAUUUGCGACCUCAAUUUCGGUUCCCGAAUUUACAUACUCGGAGAGGAGAGAGAAGGAGGUCGCAAACUAGACGUGGGAGAAACAACGACUAUCCAUAGAGACAAAGUCGUUGCAAACAAACUUGGAAGAGAGAGAAGGAGAUCGCACACAGAGUGGGUUCGCAGUUGAGGUCAUCGUCUUCCAUGGAUUGUCGAAGUGUUCUUAAAUCUAUGGUUCGGACUUCUUGUCUCAUCUUACUAUUGAAGUUUCACCUCUUUGAUGGAUUCUCGAAGGUUCUCAAAACUUCGUGUUAUCUGCACUUCAGUGUCCUAUUGGAUAUUGAACAAUGUUGAUGUUGGGCUUCAUUUGGACUUCCUCUAGAGUCAUGUCCGGGUUUGGGUCUAUCUCUUCCUAUUUGUUGUGUUUAGAUUAGUCAAGCCCAACUUUUAGUCAAAUAUUCAUGGGCUAAAUAAAUGGAAAUCCAUUUUGCAUUCUCAUUGUUGGAGUGGGCUAAAAUCAAAAUAUGUAUAUGGGUAUGCAUUGAACUAUUCAGGUAUGCAAAGUACAAUUUUGCAUUUCCUUGUUGGAGAUGCCCUAAUGUGAUGAAAUCUUUAUCUUCUAUUUUCUUUCCCAAAUCCCUCAUCCCUCGAUACAAAUGCACCUUAAACAUUGAGAAAGAUACAUUGGGUCGCUUCAUUUAGACUUCGCAGUUCCUCAAAUGCAGCCAGUCAUACAACAUGAGCAUUCUAGUCAUAUUGGUUGAAUAAAUUCUCACAUUCUUCCCAGCACAGAGUGCUAGAUUUAUGUGUAGAAAUUCAAUGCUCUUUAUCAUUUUUGACUUCCAUAGCCUGCCUCAUCCUUCACCAAAAGUCCUAAGCUUAUGAUGGAGUGCCAAAAUUUCUUACAUCAUGUUUUCUACCAUCAAGGUUUGGUAUAUAAAACUUGGAUUUGUCUAACCUUGUUUGAAGUAUUAAUCUUAUGUCUCACCACCCACUCCCAUGGAAGAAAACUUUUAUGCCUAUCAUGUGUUUGUGUUUGUGUUUUUGUUUCUAUUGCAUUUGGCCAAGGCGGCUGCCACCAACAUAAAUGCAGAUCAAGAUGGUCCUUUUGCAUUGAAAGCUCACAUGAUUCUUGAUCCUCUAAAUGCAGUAUAUCCUAACAAUUACUGCAUCCACGCUCAUCGUUAUAGCCAUUACUUUUGUUCUUUAGAUAUGUUCUUUAGAUAUCAAAAGAACAAAAGGAAUUUGCCAACAGCUGAUGAAGUUGUAUUACCUCUAAUUAUGUGAGAAGAACUUCCUACCAUGAAGUUGUGUGGACUACAGAUGGUUUCGAUGAAAGGAACCCAAUAGGCAGAGGAGUUAUGGUUCAGUUUACUAAGGAAUACUAGCAAAUGGGAUCUUUAACUUGUAACUCCAUAGAGCAUUUUCGUAGUUUUGAAUCUGAAUAUGAGGUAAUGAGCAAUAUUCGACAUUGAAACCUAGUAAAAAUCAUGAACUUCUGUUCAAAUUCAAAUGAUGAUUUCAAUGCCAUCUUACUAAAUUACAUGCCGAACGAAAGCUUGGAGAAAUGACUGCAUUUCGGGCAACUACUAUUUGGACAUUUUUAAAUAGAUUGAAAAUUGUGUUAGAUGUUGCUUCAGCACUAGAGUAUCUUCAUUAUGGUUAUUCAACCACAAUUAUGCACUGUGACAUUAAACCAAGCAAUGUGUUGUUGAAUGAAAGUAUGGUUGCGCAUUUAAGUGACUUUGGCAUCGCCAAGCUUUUAGGGGAAGGGCAAUCUUUGAUGCUGACCCAAAUCCUCACGAUAAUUGGGUAUAUGGCACCAGACUAUGGGAGUGAAGGAAAAAGAUCCAGAAAAGGUGAUGUUUACAGCUUUGGAAUCCUGCUGAUGGAAACAUCUACUAGGAAGAAGCCAAUGGAUGAAAUAUUUUCAUGGGGGCAUGAGCUCAAAGCAGUUGGUUGGCGAUUUGAUAUCGUUGAAGUUGUGGAUUCCAAUUUACUACAACAAAAAGAAAUGCAUUUUGCUGAGAUGGAGUAAUGUGUUUCAUCAAUCUUGAGUUUGGCUUUUAAGAUGAACAUUAUUUGCAUCCCAUUUUUUACUAAGUACCCCCCACUCUAGUGUGUUUUUAAAGGAUUAAUGGGGUAUACUUAGUAACAAACAGGGUGCAAAUAAUGUUCAUCGCUUUUAAUUACGCAACUGAUAGGAUCAAUAUGAAAGAGUUAGCAAGCAGACUAGAGAAAAUAAAAUCUGCCGGCUUGCAAGUAUUGAUCCUAUCAAGUUUUAUUGUCAUUUUUAUUUUUCUUCUUGCUUUGGAGUGGAAUAAUAUUAUAUGAACAAGUCUAUAAAUAUUUUUUUACUAUAACGGCAAAAGAAAUGCAGUGUUUUGCUCUGCUCUUGAUAU